UCACCGGAACCCUUUCUCCCGCUCUGGCAGAACCUUUCUGGCGCUGUACGGCGCGCUAGUUAACACGUCACUUCCGGCGGGGCGGAGGAGGCGGGAGAGUGAGGGAAAGGCUGGAAGACGAGGAUGCUUCCUCAGUGAGAAGGCUACCGCACAAUGGCAGUGUUCGAUACUCCUGAGGAGGCCUUCGGUGCCUUACGCCCAGUCUGUGUUCAGCUCACGAAGACCCAGACGGUGGAGACCGUGGAGCACCUGCAGGCAAGGCUACGAGCUGUGAGUGACUCCGCCCUUCAGGAGCUUCAGCAGUACAUCCUCUUCCCUUUGCGAUUUACGCUGAAGACGCCGGGUCCCAAGAGAGAGCGCUUGAUCCAGAGCGUGGUGGAAUGCCUCACGUUUGUCCUCUCUUCAACAUGUGUGAAGGAACAAGAACUUCUCCAGGAGCUCUUUUCGGAACUCUCUGCCUGUCUGUAUUCGCCCAACUCCCAAAAACCCGCAGCUGUGUCUGAGGAGCUGAAAUUGGCCGUGAUCCGGGGCCUCAGCACAUUAAUGCACUCGGCUUAUGGGGACAUCAUCCUGGCUUUUUAUGAGCCCUCCAUCCUGCCUCGUUUAGGAUUUGCUGUAUCUUUACUGUUGGACCUAGCAGAACAGGAGAAAUCAAAGCAAAUUAAAAUUGCUGCCUUAAAAUGUUUACAGGUUCUACUCUUCCAGUGUGACUGUCAGGACCAUCCGAGGUCCUUGGGUGAGCUUGAGCAGAAGCAGCUGGGGGAUUUGUUUGCUUCUUUUUUACCUGGAAUCUCAAUGGCACUGACCAGGGUGAUCACAGGAGACUUUAAACAAGGGCACAGCAUUGUCGUGUCUUCCCUAAAGAUCUUUUACGAGACAGUGAGUUUCAUUAUGGCUGAUGAGCAGCUCGAAAGGAUCUCAGAGGUCCAACCAAAGCCUACAGUGGAGCAUAGAGUCGCAGAGCUGAUGGUUCACAGGGAAGCCAAGUGGGUAAAAAACACCAGUGACAAACUGACUCUCCUUCUUAAAAAGAUCGUUGAGUGUGUUUCAGUCCACCCACACUGGAAGGUCAGGCUGGCACUGAUAGAACUCGUCGAGGCCCUUCUUUUGAAGUGCGGUCAAUCCCUGGUUGGAUCGGCUGGACCCCUUCUGAAGGCUUUGGUGGGUCUAGUAAAUGAUGAGAGUCCUGAAGUCCAAGCCCAGUGCAAUAAAGUCCUGAGACAUUUUGCAGAUCAGAAAGUAGUGGUUGGCAACAGAGCCUUUGCUGACAUCUUGUCAGAAAACCUGCAUUCCCUCGCCACGUCUCUUCCCCGCUUCAUGAACUCCCAGGACGAUCAGGGCAAAUUCUCUACUCUCUCCCUGUUACUUGGUUAUCUGAAACUCUUGGGCCCCAAAGUGAACUUUGUCCUCCACUCUGUGGCCCAUCUUCAGCGCCUUUCCAAAGCGCUCAUCCAAGUGCUAGAAUUAGAUGUGACUGACAUCAAAGUUGUCGAAGAGCGGCGCUGGAAUUCUGGUCACCUGAGCACUUCUCCAGAGACUGCAGCUCCGCUGCCGUGGAGCCCAAUGCAGAGGAGAUAUUUCCGCUUCUUCACUGAUGAGAGGCUUUUCCUGCUCUUGCAGCAGGUGUGUCAGCUUCUCGGUUUUUAUGGGGACCUCUAUUUGCUCGUAGAUCACUUUAUGGAGCUAUACCACGAAUCUGUGGUUUACCGGAAGCAAGCCGCCAUGAUCCUGAAUGAGCUGGUUGUGGGGGCUGCUGGGCUGGAGGUGGAGAAUCUUCAUGAAAACCAUAUUAAGACAAGCCCCGAGGAAAUGAGGGAGAUCGUGACAUCUCUACUGGAAGAAUACACAAGCCAAGAAAACUGGUAUUUGAUCACUUGUAUCGAAUCUGAAGAAGUGGAAGAGGAGCUAACAAUGAAGUGGUCAGGCCUCCAGGCCAUCACAUGUGGUGCACACACCUGCCAAGUUACAUCUUUUCCAGCCUUCUCAAAGCCAAGUCCCACUAUCUGCUCCAUGAACAGCAACAUCUGGCAAAUAUGCAUCCAGUUGGAGGGGAUUGGCCGCUUUGCAUACGCACUAGGAAAAGACUUUCGUUUGCUCUUGAUGUCAGCCCUCUAUCCAGUACUGGAGAAGGCCGGGGACCAAACCCUGCUCAUUAGUCAGGCAGCUACCAGCGCCAUGAUGGACAUUUGCCAUGCUUGUGGCUACGACUCUGUGCAGCACCUGAUCAAUCAAAAUUCGGACUAUUUAGUGAAUGGGAUCUCUUUAAAUCUGCGUCAUCUGUCUCUGCACCCCCAUACCCCAAAGGUCUUGGAAGUCAUGCUGUGGAACUCGGACGCUAGCCUGCUUCCUUUGGUGGCAGAUGUGGUUCAGGAUGUCUUGGCCACUCUGGAUCAAUUUUAUGAUAAGAGAGUGACUUCCUUUGUCGGUGUCCUGCAUGCCCUGCUGGCAGCAUUAGCCCAGUGGUUCCCAGACACAGGUGAUCUCGGGCAACCCCAAGAGCAGAAUGCAGGGGAGGAGGGAAGUCAUUUGAACCAAAGACGAGCAGCUCCUGAGAAGGGACUUGAGAAUACCACCACAGCAGAAGACAUUGAACAAUUUUUGCUGAACUACCUCAAAGAAAAGGAUGUGGCAGAUGGAAAUGUCUCAGAUUUUGAUAAUGAAGAAGAGGAGCAGUCAGACCCUCUGAAGGUAGACGAUAGUGAUACUGGUCCCGAUGUGGAGCCGCCACUGCCAGUGCAGAUCCAGAUAGCCACAGAUGUGAUGGAGCGUUGCAUCCACUUGUCGUCAGAUAAAGAUCUGAAAAUCCGCUUGAAGGUCUUGGACGUGCUGGAUUUGUGUGUCGUUGUUCUGCAAUCCCACGAGAACCAGCUCCUUCCCUUGGCUCAUCGGGCCUGGCCCUCACUCGUGCACCGACUCACCAAUGAUGACCCCCGGGUGGUGCUCAGAGCCUUCAAGGUCUUGCGUACCCUGGGCAGCAAGUGUGGUGACUUUCUGAGGAGCCGCUUCUGCAAAGACAUCCUGCCCAAGCUGGCUGGCUCCUUAGUCACCCAGGCUCCCGUCAGUGCCCGGGCUGGACCAGUGUACUCGCACACGCUGGCCUGCAAGCUGCAGCUGGCCAUUCUGCAGGGCCUGGGCCCCCUCUGUGAGAGACUGGACCUCGGUGAGGGUGACCUGAAUAAAGUGGCUGAUGCCUGCUUGAUUUACCUCAGCGCCAAACAGCCCGUGAAAUUACAAGAGGCUGCCAGGAGGGUUUUCCUCCACCUGAUGAAGGUGGACCCGGACUCCACCUGGUUUUUUCUGAACGAACUUCACUGCCCCAAACAGCUCACACCUCCCCACCCCAGCCUCCACCCUGUGCAGCUUGGGGGAACCACUGGGCAGGAGAACCCCUACGCGGCCAACGUGCUCCGCCUGCUCCAGGAGCUGCAGUGACCCCCAUACACACACCUGGAUGCUGCAGCGCAGUAUCCCGCCCCAACAGGCAGGGCUGACCCCACCCUGGCCCCAGGUGGUGGCUGAGAAGACGGGAGAAGGCGGAUUAGACAGCCAUUCGCUUUAUAAAUUGAUCGAUCACACAACUGCUUAGAAAUUGGAUUGAAGGAAAGUAGCUGACUGUUAUAUUUCAUACCUGGUGUUUUCAAAUGACAUUGUCUGGCAGCUCUAAGGGCUUAACUCCUUUGCUUACCAUCUCCUCGGCCCCAGCUGCCCCACAGGCCGUCCCCACCACACACACACACCCCCACACACCGAAGAGCCUACGGACACAUGGACAGGGGCCUCUACUAUGCACCAAGUGUGUCCCCUGAGCACCUGAGGACCAUGUGGAAGUACCAGGCACCCAGGAGUCUUCAGAGCGCAGCCCUGCGUCACAGACACGCACACCUCCUCUCCUGGAACAAUGAGCUGGAGCGAACUCAUCGUACCUAAUCUCGUAUUUGGAAGAAAAUGAAAUAAAGGCACUUCUUGGAUAAAAACUAUGAUCAAGAGCUCACUUUAAAGUUUGUUACUUAAAUUGGGUGCUUUUUAAGAAACGAGUUUAUGUUCUUGAAUGGGUAAUACCGAGCCAUGGCAUAAAAUCCAAGCACUACAAAACAGAAACAGUGAAAAGUCAGUCUCCCCACCUUGUUCCCCAGACAUCUGGUUUCCCUCCCCAAAGACAGCACUCAUGACAAUUUUUUGCAGACCUGUUAAGUAGGAGAUUGAUUAUUUUUUACUUUUUAUUUCGGACAAUAAUAAACAGCAGGCCACAUGUACCCGUAACCCAGUGCACCAGUUAUUAGCACAUGGCAAGCUUUGCUUCAUAGCUACCCUCAUGCAGUUACCUCCCCAGCUCACCCAGUCCCCAGAGUAUUUUGAAGCACAUCCCAGAUGUCCUAUCCAAAUCUUUUUUAAAAAUGUACAACUACAGGGCGCCUGGGUGGCUCAAGGCUGUUGAGUGUCUGCC